AUGACGUACAAUCCUUGCGACUUUACCCAUCAACAUGCGGGGAAUAUGUGUGUGUAGACUGUAGACAACGUGUUACCUGUGGAAUUGGACAAUUUAUUCAGCAGAGUCGCUAAAAUAGAAUCGGUUUGGAUUUGUGUCUCCGGAAUAAUGGCGAAUAUCAACUUGAAGUUCAAAACAAAUUACGCUGUUUCCAGUAAGAUUGAGCCUUUUUACAAAGGAGGAAAAGUACAGAUCAGCAAAGAUGAAAAAUACAUAUUUUGCACAUGUGGAUCUCGGGUCAAUGUUCUGGAGAUCAGCACUGGGAAGAUAAUCCACAGUAUUGAGCAUGAUGAUCAAGAGGACAUCACAUCGUUUGCACUUAGCUGCGAUGAUGAGAUUCUCAUAACAGCCAGCAGAGCUCUUCUGUUGAAGCAGUGGGACUGGAGGAAAGCGCAAUGCACUCGCUCCUGGAAAGCCAUCCACACUGUUCCCGUUGCCAGCAUGACUUUUGACUCCACCUCCACUCUCUUAGCCACAGGUGGGUGUGAUGGUACGAUCAAACUUUGGGAUAUUGUGAAGCAGUACUGUACUCACAACCUCAAAGGAUCAUCUGGUGUCGUACACCUGGUCCACUUCCACCCUGACAUCGACCGGCUGCAGCUGUUCUCGUCCUCCCUGGACUGCGGCAUCUGUCUGUGGGACCUGCGUACAAGCAAACGUGUGUGUGUGCUUCAGAGCCACUUUAGCGCUGUUACGUCGCUCAGCUUCAGCCCUGAUGGUGACACCAUGAUCAGUUCUGGCAGAGACAAAAUCUGCACAGUGUGGGACCUAAAGAGUCGGACAGUGAAGAGAACCGUACCUGUUUAUGAGGCUGUGGAGGGUGUUUUGAUCCUCCCAACAAAAACAGACCUCUCUAAAAUUGGAGUCAAGACCAAAGACCUGCAUUUCAUGACAGCGGGCAGCAAAGGGGUGUUGAGAGUGUGGGAAUCCAGCACGGGAUGCUGUGUCUACAUCCAGCCACUCCACUCCACCCUCAGCCCUCCCUCUGAAGAUGAGGAGGAGAAGGACAACAACCCCUGCAGUCUAACGUACCUGCUCGACAUGCCUGCCUCCGCCAGGCUGGCCACAGUAACAGCAGAGCAUAACAUCGUGCUCUACCAGCUACCUACUCUCAGCACACAGCAGCAGUUUGUGGGCUACAAUGACGAGGUGCUGGAAGUAAAGUUCCUGGGUAAAAAUGGCAGUCACGUUGUGGUUGCGACCAACAGCUGCCAGCUGAAAGUCUUUGAGCUACUCACUAACAGUUGCCAGAUCCUCUAUGGACACACGGAUACUGUCCUCUCAGUGGACGUGUUUAAAAAAGGCUUUGUUUUUGCAAGCUGUGCAAAGGACAGAUCAGUGCGUGUGUGGCGAAUGGAUGCUGAUAGCGGCCACGUCCACUGUGUGGCACACGGUUCCAGCCACACUAAUGCAGUGGGCUCCAUUACCUGUUCCAGGUUGAAAACGUCCUUCAUAGUUUCUGGCAGUCAGGACUACACUGUAAAGGUGUGGGAUCUCCCUGCAGACUUGUCGACAACACAUGUCUCUCAGCUGACUGCACGUGUCACAGAGAAAGCACAUGAUAAGGACGUCAACAGCGUCGCCGUUUCACCCAACGACAAGCUUCUGGCUUCCGGCUCACAAGACCGCACAGCCAAGCUGUGGUCCUUGGCGGGUAAGGACAGCAUCAGCCUACUCGGGGUGUUUCGUGGCCACCGGCGAGGCGUCUGGGCCGUCUGUUUCUCCCCCGUCGACCAGGUUCUGGCCACCUCCUCCUCAGACGGCACCAGCAAGCUGUGGGGCUUGCAGAACUUUAGCUGCCUCAAGACAUUUGAGGGGCACGACGCGUCCGUGUUGAAGGUCAUCUUUGUGAGCCGAGGCACUCAGCUGCUUAGCAGUGGCUCAGAUGGUUUGGUGAAACUAUGGACCAUCAAGACCAACGAGUGCGUGAAGACCCUGGAUGCCCACCAGGACAAAGUGUGGGGUCUCCACGGCAGCCACAAUGACGACAAGAUGGUAACCGGGUCAGCCGACUCCAACAUCACUGUGUGGAUGGAUGUGACAGAAGCAGAGCUGGCAGAAGAGCAGGCCAAGCAGGAGGAUCAGAUAAUGAAGCAACAGGAGUUGUCUAACCUGCUCCAUGAGAAGAAAUACCUGAAAGCUCUGGGCCUUGCCAUCUCGUUGGACCAGCCGCACACGGUGCUGUCUGUAAUUAAAGAAAUCCGCCAAGCCCAAGAUAGUCAUCAGCUUCUGGAGAAGACUGUGCUGAAACUUAGACAGGAUCAGAAAGAGUCGGUCCUGCGUUACUGUUCGGUGUGGAACACCAACGCGAAGAACUGUCUGGAUGCCCAGGCCGUCCUCAAGGUGCUGCUUACGCACCUUCCACCUGAGGAGAUGCUUCAGUACCAGGGCGCCCGCGCUCACCUGGAGGCCCUUAUACCCUACACAGAGAGACACAUGCAGAGGAUCGGCCGUCUUAUGCAGGCGACCAUGUUCCUCAACUACAUGUGGCAGAAGAUGAGAGUAGCCGGAGCGCCGACCAGCAUGGACCAAGAUGAAGAAAUGGACACAGCUCCACUGGGCCCUGGUCCUGUGUUUAUGAUCGACAAGGGCCCAGGAAAGAACAGCGUCCAAGACAAAGACGACACAGAUGAUAGCGGAAACGAUGACGAUCCAGAUUGUCAGUUUGAGGAGGAUGGGGAAAAGGAUGAUGACGACGACGAUGAGGUGAGCGCCACCAAGAAAGCCACCAAAAAUGGCAGCCACCCUGCUGAGAGCAGUGAGGAGAGUUCUGAGGAGGAUGAAGACGAGACGCAUGAAAUGACGGUGAAAGCUGUCGCAACUUCCUCGCUCCAACAACGCUCCAUUCUCUCAAGCUGACUGACACCACCUUCUUCGCUUUCGUCGACUUUUCCAAGGCUAUUCACAUGUGGAAUGUUUUUUUUUCCACAAACACAUACAUUGUGCAGACAGCCGGAAGGUGAAUUGACACCAACAUAAAAGCGCUAAGCUGUCACUCCACUGCAGAUGACUGUUCUGUUCAGCUGGAUCAACCGGCUCCACCGCUGUUGAUGUAAGAGUGUGGUUUUCUUUUGCCAUAUUACGACAAAAGCGUAUGUUCUUGGUGAUUUCUAAUGAAAAACAAACAUGUAUUUUAAUAGAAGCGAGAUGUUGUCUUUUUAAGUUGUCUUCAUACGCAGCACGAGCCCUUCAAAGGUUCCCGGGCAGAAAAAUUAUGUCAAUUAUCCAGUGAUAAGUGCCACGGUGAAGAGAAUCACUUGUAUUGCUUCCACUGUGGGUGAUGGCUGAAAGCUGCAUUAAACAAAAUCAGGGAAACAAUCACUUCAAUAUUUUGAUGAAAAUUGCGUAGUGAGAGUUCAAUUCCACCCUCGGCCAUCUCUGUGUGGAGUUUGCAUGUUCUCCCCAUGCAUGCGUGGGUUUUCUCCGGGUACUCCAGUUUCCAAAAACAUGCUAGGUUAAUUGUUGACUCCAAAUUGUCCAUAGGUAUGAAUGUGAGUGUGAAUGGUUGUUUGUCUAUAUGUGCCCUGUGAUUGGCUGGCGACCAGUCCAGGGUGUACCCCGCCUCUCGCCUGAAGAUAGCUGGGAUAGGCUCCAGCACCCCCGUGACCCUUGUGAAAACAAGUGGUAGAAAAUGAAUGAAUUGUGUAAUGGUUUACACCUGGCCCUGUGUUUAAAGAUCACAUUGGAAUUGGAUGAUAAAGUUAUUGGUAAAUGUCAGGGCAAAUGCUAAUGAUGGAUAUUGGACAGCUGGUAUUGUAGUGGUUCACAUCGAUGACUUUCUUGUAUCUGGCAUGGGAUCGGGUGACAAGGUUUAUAACUAGAGCUGUCAAUCGAUUAAAAUGUGAAAUUGAGAUUAAUCCAUAGUUAACUCAAUUAAUCACACGUAAUCGCAUAUAGAAAUAAGCUUUUAUCUGUAAUAAUCAAGGAUUUAAAGGGAAACUGCACUUUUUUGUCACAGUUUUUGUGACACAUGAACACAUUUCUUUUCCUUUUCGGUCCAUUACGAAAUUAAUUAAUAUGAGCUAGUUAAUU